AUGGUGCUUUUCUUUGAAACGAAACAGGACUUUAAUUUUGACUUUGAAACAACAAGUUUAGCUUACUUGAACAGGUAUCCUAAUCCAUAUGCCAAACAUGUAUUAUCGGCAGAUACACUUGAUUAUCAAAUUGACUCUCAUGGCCAGCUAUGUACAACGAGACUCAUUGUGAAAACGGGUCGAUUGCCGAAAUUUAUUAGACCAUUUUUGGGCGUUUCCAAUGUCAAUUCUUGGAUUCUUGAGAAGUUGGUGAUAAAUCCAAAAACAAAUACAUUGCAUUCAUAUACCAGCAACAUCGACCAUAGGAGAUUCAUCAAAGUUGAAGAGUAUUUGAAAUAUAAGGGAGAUCCAGUAAGCGGGAGCACGACUCUUGAAGCCAAAGUGAAAUUUUCGUCAAAUUUUUUUGGCUUGAAACUGAAGAUUGAGGAAUGGAGCCAUAGUCGAUUUUCUACUAAUAUCCAGAAUUCAAGAGAUGGUUUACAUUAUGUGAUGACCAAAUUGAAACAGAGAAAUAAGGCUGUUUGA